AUGGAAUCUGAAAAUACAAUGAUGGAGAAUGAAAACUUCUGGAUGAUCCCUGAUUCUGAAAGUUAUUCAGUGGGCUCAUACACAGAAAAAGGUGGAGCAUCAGUAUCUAAGGUACAUCUAACACAAAUUGAUAAAACAGAAAAACCUAGAAUUAAGAGAUAUGUGAUAGACUCUGACUCUGACUCAAGUGAGAUGGACUCAGAUUCAGAAAGACGUGAGCUAGCUUCAGCAGCUGUUAUGUGUUUCAUGGAUACAAAAACAUUUCACCGGAGCACUGCUGGCAACAAUUUCCCAAAGGAUUCUUGGUCUGAAAGAAGAACAGUGAACUCAGACUCUGAAAACCCUGUGAUGUCCUCUGAUUCCGUGAAGCACAUGAAGAAGGCUGAAACAUGCAAAAGUACCUGUAAUUUGGGAAGACUCAAGGUGGCCCGCAGGUCUGAGUCUCUACAGCAUUGGUUAGAUGCUAAAAGAAAAGAGUUAGAUUCUGAUUAUGGUGGACAUUUGGAUAGCUCUGGAAAGUAUCACUGUAAAUCUAUAGUACCUAGCUUUGGAAAAAGCCAGCAUGACCUUCAAACAUUUCAGAGCAUCACUGAAGAAGAUCAAGUAGGCGCCAGCUCUGAAAAACAUCAGACACAACCUGGAAAUGAAAGAGAUAGAAAUGAACCUGAAAGUAAAAGACACCUUAUAAAGACAGAGAAGAGAUUAGACAAUAAGGAGUUUCAAAUGGAUAGGGAAAGAGAAGGAUAUCUUGUGGAAUCUGACCGCCAUGAUUCAGAAAAUGAAGCACACCUGCUUGAAGCACACCGGCUUGGUGCUCGCAGAAAGGAUAAUCGUCCUCCAGGUUUUUGGAGGCCAGUUACCUUGCCUCCCAAGCUUGAACACGAAAAGAAAACUGAAGAGCAAAAGUCUGUACAGCAGAAAGAUAGCAGAGUUUGCAGAAUUCAGUGUAGAAAAUACAGGAGUGAAGACAAAACUGUGAGAUCCAAAGAGACUUCAAAUCUCAGCUACAAGCAAGUUUCACGGGAAAAAUUAAAGGAAAGGCACACCUAUAGCUCAUUAACAGAUGAAAAGAUUCACAGAAAAGCCAGCCAGAAAGUAUCUGUCUAUAAGCGUCAUUCCAAGGAGUAUGGCUAUACCCAUAGCUGUGAGAGUUUUAGGUAUCAAGUUACUCCCAAUCCUCUAAGUUCUGAGACUUGCAUCUCUAAUAUUUCGUCACUUGUUGACAGCCCAACUUGUGAGAGUCCUAAGUCUGUCACAAGACAGAAGGCUCGAAGAAGUAUUACAUUUUCUUUGGAUGUAGGAACUCAACAAUGUACCAGAUGUUUUAUGGAAAUCGGUACCUCUUCUUUUCAUAAAUGCCCCAUGAAUUCUGAUGAUUCUGACUCUGAUUCUUCUUUCCAUGGCCAGAGUUCAUCACAUUGCAAAUAUUCUCUGAGCUCUAAAACUGUUAGACACUACAAGACUUCUCGAAAUCGCCCUUUAUCUCAAUCCCUAGAUCCUAAGUAUCAUGUGGGCAUCCGCUGCUCGCUGCACAGGGAAGAUUCUAAAUGUUCUAUGGAUUCCAGCUCUUAUUUACAUUGUGAAAGUUGUUCAGCUCUCCAAAAACAUAGGGGCUCUUCUUCUACCCACACUAUCUCUACAGACACUAAAAAAAUCAGGGACCAGGGUCACAUAAUGUCAACACCAGUAAGAUUGUCUCAAAGUGAAAGCAAGUUCAACCUUACUACCCAACUUCAAAAUAAAGAUAAUCCUGAGGACAGCAAUAUUAAAUUUAUUAGCGCUAAAAGUGUCAAAGCUAAGGCUAAUAUACUUGUUUCUAAAGAUGAUACAGACCAUGAAGAUGAAACAACUACUGAAGAUGAAACAGAGGUUGAAUAUGAAACAGACACUGAAGAUGAAGAUGACACCAAAGAUAAGAAAGAUCCCAAAGACAAAUCGGACCCUGAUGGCAGCAGUUAUCCUGAAGGUGGCAACUCUGAAAAUAAUACUGACAGCAACAAUGGGUCUAAUCCUAGUGGUGCUUCCGGGCCUACAGGUGGACCUGAUUCCAGCAAUGAUGGUGACUCUAAAAAUAUAACUGAUAACAAUAAAUCUGACCCUGCCGUUGAAAAUGCCACCAAUAGUGACAUUAACUUGAAAUAUAGCACUGAUGAGAUAUGUACCAACAAUUUAGACAAUGCUUCUGAUCAGGAAGAAUAUUUCAAUCAAUGCAAUGAUGCUAACUUCAAGGCUGACACAAACCAAACCUGUGCCUCUGGAAAUGAAAAUAGAACUGUGAUGGACUGUGUUUCUGGUUGCAACAAUGACACUGACCCUAAAAAUGCCACUGGACAAGAAAGAUAUAAUGUUCACUCUGAGAUAAUUAGAUCACUUUCCAACAAUCCUGACUUCAUCAAAAAUGAGAAUGCUCCUAGCAUCAACCCCAGCUCCCAAAACAGCCAUGGCCCCCUAAAAGAUCUUGACUCUAACUCUAUUAGCAAACCCAGUAGUGCUACUAGUCAUGAUGUUGUUAGUACUAACAACAUUGCAGACCCUUACUAUGGCACAAAACCUACUAGCACUGCUAUUUACAAAUAUACAGCUAUGCUAAACUAUUAUUCAGACCUUAAUGAUGUCAUAGUGUUUAAAUAUAAAGUAAGUUCAAGUUUUAUAGUCAACUCAAAGUAUUUUGACAGAAAGAAAUACGCUAUGAGACCCAACAUUACACCUAGCACUGUCAAUGCUGUUAAUACUAGCAAAAUUACCAGCUGUACUAGUGCUAUUACUGCUGGAAAAAACUAUGCCACAGACACUAAACAUUUCCCUCGAUUUAGUCAUAUAAAUAGUUUCAACAUUAUCAUCAAUGCUAAUAAUUCUACUAGUACAAGCGAUAUUAACAAUGCCCCUGUUACUGAAUUAGAAAUCAAUUCCACAUCAUCUGUCCUUAAAAUUGUUUAUGGAAGUAUCUCAAACUUUGUUUUUGGCACAAACUAUACUUAUCCUGAUUUUUUGAUAACCUCCAAAUUUUAUGACCCACUUGAGCUUAGUAGAGCUUAUACAAUUUUUGAUAACCAAAAUAUUGGUGCUCAAUUCCAAUACUCUGCUGUAUACAUGGACUCUCAUAAUUGUAAAUAUGCCACUGGGUCCAUAGAUGCCAUUGAUGCCAAAGAAUCUGGAUUUGUAAAAGAUUUUUCUAGGGUCCAGAAUCCAAUUGGCAUCAAGGGCCCUUCCCCUUUCAAGAUUCUUUCAUAUCAAAAUGUUCCACUCCCUAGUAUUGAUGUUAUAGUGGAAGCUGAACUGCCAGAUAUUUUGAAGUUUGCUCUAUCAUCAGGUGCUAUGAAGCAAUCAUUUGAGCUCAGCCUCAAAACAGUUAGCAGACAAAACGUUGGCCAUUGA